AUGUCUGUUAAGGGGAAGGAGUGGGGCCAAGCGCUAUAUUCACUGCAAAAUCUUCAUAGUAUGUCUUCUUGUUUUCUCCUUGGACCUAUUGAUUCAUCACUUGUAAAGCUUCAAUCUCUCUCAGUUUUUCGGUUGAACAAUAACAAUUUCACAAGCUCUGUGCCUGAGACCUUUGAUGGUUUAACCAACUUAACCACCUUGCAUCUUAGAAACUGCAAUUUGAUUGGGAUGUUCCCAAAACAAAUCUUCCAGAUAUCCAACUUGCAGGUCCUUGAUUUGUCAGAUAAUCAAAAUCUUCAAGGCUCUCUACCAUAUUUCCAGCAUAAUGCAUUUCUCCGCUCAUUAAACCUUAGCCGUACAGGUUUCUCAGGGCAACUACCAAGUUAUCUUCUUAAUUUGAGGAUGGUGUCUUCAUUAGAUCUAUCAAAAUCCAAAUUCCACGGAAGGCUUCCUAGUUCUAUUUCAGAACUGACAUCACUUGUUCAUCUAGACUUGUCAUUCAACAACUUCACUGGUUCUCUUCCAUUUUUCAAUAUGUCAAAGAACCUUUCAUAUCUAUAUGUCAAUAACAAUGGCUUGGAGGGUGAAAUUCCAUCUUUUCAUUUCAAGGGCCUUGAAAAUCCUGUCUUCAUUGAUUUAGGUCGUAAUUUUCUCAAUGGGAGUAUUCCAUCAUCUCUUUUUACACUUCCAUCUUUAGGUGGACUGAGUCUUUCUCAUAAUAAAUUUGAGGGUCUAUUGGAUGAAUUUCCAAAUGCUUCUUCUUCCCCAUUAGAGGUCCUCGAUAUCAGUGGGAAUAAUUUACAAGGACAUAUUUCUUUGUCUAUCUUUCAUCUUAAAAGGCUAAGUUUCAUCGAGUUUUCCUCAAACAUGUUCAAUGGAACCAUACACUUGGAUAUGUUCAAAAGCAUGGAAAAUUUGGCGACAUUAGAUCUCUCUCAUAACACUUUGCUAGUUGAUGGAAAUUUAAUGUCUGACCAAAUUCAUCAUUCACCAUUCCCUAAAUUGAGCAAUCUCAUGUUGGCUUCUUGCAAGUUGAGAAAGUUGGAGAUUUCUCAGACAUCAAUCCAAUUUGUUGUACCUUGA